AUCAAGCCUAAGGAAGCUCGAUAAAAUGGAAGUUUUAGAUUGCCCAAAGCUACUUGAAAUUCAAUUUCCCAGUAUAAUGGAAUCAUUAGAGGAACUUCGAGUUGGCUACUGCGACUCCCUAGGAGGGUUGUGCGGUUUAUCAAACUCGAAGAGGCUAAAGGUUUUGCGGAUCUACCAAUGCAAUGGGCUACGGGUUGUUGAGGGCCUUGAAGAAUUGGAGCUUUUGGGUAUUUUGUAUUUUUCCAGGUGUGGAUCGUUGGAAAGGUUGACUGAUGUAUCCAACUCAAAGAUACCAAAUGAAUGCAUGAUAGAAGUAUGGGGUUGCAUGAAACUAAGUAGUUAUGAGGGCACUUACCGGGAUUAUAAAGAGAUGAUUCUUGUCAGGAUGAGAAUGACAUUCAACGAGGAGGAUGAAAUGGAGAAAGAUUCAGAAAAUGAAAAAAGGAAAAUGACUGAUUGA